AUGGAAGGUGAAACGGUGGAACUGAAGUCUGAUGUUGAAGCCAACAAUGUUGGAGGUGAACUUAAUAUCACUUUUUCUAAGUCACCAACUGAGGAUGGUGUGAAACCAUUUCAAGUAGAUACUUCUGAUGACUAUUGUGGACUGAAAAAAGAAGAUCUUUUGAAGUAUGCUAAAGAUCCAUAUUGGGUCCGUCUGCGUAUUAUUCUUCUGGUCUUGUUUAGUAUUUUGUGGAUUGCUAUGCUCGUAUCAGCCAUUGUCAUCAUUGUAUUGACUCCAAAAUGUCCACCCAGACCUCAUCAGGAAUGGUGGGAAACAGCUGUUAUUUAUCAGGUUCCAGUUGAGGCUUUUCAUGAUAGUAAUGGUGACAAAGUUGGAGACUUAAAAGGUCUUACAGAGAAAUUAGAUUACAUCAAGCAUACUUUAAAAGCAGAUGCUAUUGCCAUGAGUCCAAUUUAUAAAUAUGGUCUGGAGCCUACUAACUUUAACUAUUCCAUACCAUCUCCUCCAUUGGGCACUCUGAAUGAUUUUAUUCAUCUGGUCAAUUCUGCCAGAAAGAAGGAUUUGAAAAUAGUUUUAGAUUUUGAUUUUGUGAAACUGAAUGAAGAUUUAAAAAGCCCAGAAAAUAAAAAACUUGAUGAUAUGUUGUGGAAUUGGCUCAAGUUAAAAAUUGAUGGAAUCAAAAUUAUAAAUGAAAAUGGCAUCUCCAAUGAACAAAUAAAUCAUUGGAAACAACUAUUUGAGAAUUUUACAAACCAAGAUACUCAAACAACUCAAAAGCAUCCCAAAGUGUUGAUGGAAUACAAGGCUGGUCGUUCAACUAAUGAACUGACAUCAUUGAAGACAUCUACUAACUUUGUUCCUGUUAAUGAAGCGCUUCUCAGCAUGAAGAUUGAUUGCAAGGCUAAAUGUGUCAGUGACCUGGUUCACAAAUGGCUGAGUGAUAUUGGACCUACUUCAAAAAUAUCCAAUUGGAUGUUUGGUGGCUCUAAAAAUGGAAGAAUAGCCAGUAGGAUGGUAGACAGGCAUGCUGAGAUAAAUGGAGAUGGAAUGUUGAACGCAGCCAAUCUUUUGUUGAUGACACUUCCUGGCAGUGCUUUUGUGUAUUAUGGUGAUGAAAUUGGGAUGAAAGACUCAGCUUUGAACGAGCUGAAUGUGAAUCCAAUGCACUGGGAUGAUAGUUCAUCAAUGGAAGGAAAUUCAACUAAAGAUAGUAACUCAACUGACCAAAAUGUUGAGAUGUAUUUCAUGCUUCAGUAUCAAUCAGCUCACGGGUCAGGUAUGAGUCAUCUGAAAGUCUUCCAGAAAUAUGUUUUUCUAAGGAAAGAACCUUCCUUGAAAUGGGGAACCUUGCACGCCAGCAUUUUGAAGAAUGUGUACUUUUAUCUGAGAAAGGCAGAAGGACACAGCAACUUGCUAGUGGCCAUCAACUUUGGCCCAGGACCAUCUGCUGUUAAUUUAAGAUCAGGUAAAAUGGCAGACAAGAUCCCAGCUGUGAAUGCAAUCAUAGCCACAUCCACAUACAAUUUUGAAGGCAAGAGGAUUGACUUGUUUGCAGAUGGCACAGAAAUUGAUCUGGGUGUUCCAAUACUUUUGCAUGCUGGAGAAGGUAUCGUCCUCAAAUGGGAUGAUCCUAAAUCUUGGUUCUAA